UCGUACGAGAGAGCGCGUGCUGUUUUACUUUCCGUCUUUCGAAAGAAAGUCUUCCCAUCGCCGUCCCCUGCAAGUGCCAAUCAUGGAAUUGACUUACGAGCCCAAACGAAGUAGCUCCGUAAGCCCUGUAAUCAGCAGCUACGUUCUGUCUCCGGAGAUGCAAGUUCCUCGCAGACGUGCGUCCCGUUCUUGCAGUCCUCUCCUUCGCCGAGGAGCCAAGCAGAGUGUGACGUCAAGAAGACGAAUCAACUCCACCCCGUCAGGAAACAUCCGUUCCGUUUCCUUCGAGAACGACAUGAUUUCCAAUCUUAAUUCGCUGCCCGUCCAUACGUCUUCCGAGCCCAUAUUCGACCGGCACCGAGAGUACAAGCUGUUCCUCUGCAGCAUAGUCCUGGUCACAUUCACCAUCACUCUGGCGCUACCUGUCCUCCUCUACCGAUACCUGGCACAGUGCUCCGAGCCACAGUGCUACACGGUCGCCCUCGAAGUCCGACGCUCGAUUGAGGCGAGCGCUUCACCUUGCCACGAUUUUUUCCAGUACACCUGCGGCAGCAUCAAAUCAUCUAUCGUUGAUAAGGUACAGAGCGGCCUGCGAAAAUCCACUAUCCGAUGGUUGUCUACGGUGCCUGUCACGGCGAGGCAGAACGCCUUGCAGAAGCUCGGAAUUAUUUUGCGCAAUUGCAUCAAACUGUCCAACAGGAAGCCGGAAAGCGUCGAGAAGAUUCAGAUGGUGUUGAACGCCUCCGCUUUGCCAUUUCCACAGAUGCCUCCAGUGAACAUGCUCCGUGUCACCAAAAGCCUAGUGACCCUCAACCUUGAAUGGGGUAUCGCUGUUUUCUUCAGACUAACGGUCGGUCAAAAUUUGCAAAGGAAGGGCGAACACAUUUUCUACGUCCUCCCCAAUGAGGACCUCAAUCGCUGGGUAGCUUUCCUCGAUGCUCUGGAAGAAGACCGUAACCUGGACGUGUACGUUCGCCGAUGUGCCGAAAUCAUUGGCGACCAGGGCAUGUCCUACUCCAGGCUCGUUGAAGCAAUGCGUCUUGUGAAUCAAGAAGCGCGCCUCGCCCUACGAACUGGUUCAAGGGGCCAAGUCGCCUUUGUGCCAUUUUACACGAGGGCUGUCAUGUGGAGCCACGUCUUCGCCGUCCUCUCCAAGGAAUUUUUCUCCCAGCCAAAUGUUUCGCGUGAGCUCUUCGUCGUCGACACGGAGCACUUCGAGGCUCUCUCUGCGACGCUCUUUGAGAAGACAGAUCCCGCUGCGCUGUACGCCUACAUUGGGCUUUACGUGGUCUGGCACUUAGCGAGAUAUGCGUCUCAUCCUCUGGCGUACAGCUCUACAGUUCCAGGAUACGAGUACAAGUUGACGGACAUCUGGCGGCAAUGUUUUUCGGACGCGUAUAGGUUUAUGCCACAUGCGUUGUUGUACGUUCAUGCUGAGCGUCAUUUCAGCAUCGACGAUAUAAUAGAUAUUGAAGAUAUGCUGGGCCACGUGACGAGAGUCACCAUUCGUAUCCUGCGGUACCUGUCCGAGAAGAAAGAGAUCAACACUACCAAACUAACCGACAAGGUGGACUCGUUGAGACUAUUCCUCUUCAGACCGCCCCAUCUUACUCACCUGGAGGAUCUUAACAGGCUGUACUCUUACCUUCCCGACCAGAAAGACGAAGAUUACGUGGACACUUUCCUGAGCGCUUCAAGGCGAACAGCCCAGUACGUCCGAAGCCUUCUUCACUACGGUGUGCGGAAUCAGUCGAGUGUCUUCCUUCCACCCUUUGUGGUUCGACUGCCCUACAUGGUUCCCGUCUACAACCUCGUCGAGUUGCCUCCUUCUUUCCUGAUGCCUCCCGUCUACACCUUCCACCAGUCCCUCUCCCUCAACUAUGCGGGCUUGGGCCACGGGAUGAGCCUGGAAGUAAGCAAGAUGGUAUUUGGCGAUCAUCGCUUGCUCAACGGCUCCGGGCGCUACGAGGCCGUUUGGUCACCGGGCUUCAGACAUGAACUGCAGCGGAAGGUGCAGUGCUUGCGCAAGCAGUUCCUCGGGUACAGCUGGGACGAGUCUGACCUGGAGCCAACGUCCAUACAACUGGCGCUCGCUAUGCACAUCGCCUUCCAAGCCUUCACGGAAGCGAUGAAGCAGCCGUCUGCCUCCGAUCGUCUAAUGGCGGAGCGUCGUCACUUCUCCAUGACCCCUCAGCAACUGUUCUUUGUGGGCAGUUGCAUCAAGUGGUGUCAGGCAGAAGAACAGCAGAACGUCCAGCAAAAGUGUCGCUUCCCGCUUCUAGUACUGCAGGCCUUCAGCAGGGCCUUCGGCUGCACAAAGAGGGACCGAAUGACGUCUCACGAACACUGUUUCUUUCUCCCAGACAGUUCUUCGUGAAUAUGCCUUCGGUAAUUCUGCUCGCCCGAUCGAGUAUUAUGUGCCGAUUUCGCAAUAUAUGCCUCAUAGAAACGAAGUCGGCAAAUAAAGGGAUCUCUGUUAUACUU